CUUCCUCUAGGCAUGGCUGCAAUGUGGCACUGGAUUCUUGGAUACAUCCAUAAGUCCAUAACCACUGAGUCAACUAAACCACUUCCCACCACCACAAAAGCUAAAAGCAGCUUUUCGAUCUCCUCCUCCUUCUUUUUCUUAUUAGACCAAAGUCCAAACCAACAACUCUCUCUCUCUAGCUCUCUGCAAUUGUAAGCAUAAAAAGUCACAGCUUGCUAGCCCAUCCCCCUAAAACAAGGCCCCUUUGUUGCUCAGAACCUGAGCUGCUGACCUAACUGAGCUGUAUUGCCAUAAAAGUCUAAGUAAAGAUCUAUCUAUCUCAGUACCAUCUCUCUCUUUUCCCCUAGAUUCCCUCUUCUUCUCCUUCUUCACAUUCUGACCCAGAAAUUAUAUCCUCUUCUGUGGCUUCUCUGCACAACCCCACCUCCCCCUUGUGCCUCUUCAAACCCAUUUGCUCCCUUUAUAACUCCCCACCAUCUUCACUUCUCCCAUUCAAUUUCCACACUUUAGCUUAUUGGGUUCUUACUCUCUUGGCCAUUUCUUCCACAAUGGAUGACUAUUGUAAACGGAGCGGCCAAAUUCCGGCGUUUGGGGACUGGGAUUAUGCCAAUGAGCUGCCAAUCACUCAGUAUUUCGAGUGUGCGAGGCAAGCCGGUUUGAUCAGGUUCAGCUCUUCUUCCGGUGAGAGUGAUGCACAAGCAGCCUAUCUGCAUGCUGACUUGUAUGCUGUUGAUGUUAAGAAGAUGAAGAAGAAGCCUUCUCGUAUUGUUGCUCCCAAUACUCGAAAGACAAUUGCAAGAGGGAGAGAAAAGAGAUCCACUCAUAAUCCGCAUGUCAAGGAGCAAAAGAAGCAGCAGCAGCAAGCUAAGGUCCAUGACGACGUGACUGAACCGCCAAGAAAGUUACACUACCAGCAGUAUCACACUCGAAGCAAAGACACCGUUUUGCGACCGAGUAGGCCUCCUAAGCCUGUUGACGAAGACCUCUACAAGAUACCCCCUGAGCUACUUCGCACUACCAAGCGGAAGAAAAUGCUGGGAUUAUUCUCUUGCUUGGUGCCUGCUUGUGCUUCAUGAGUUUGGAAUCCACAGGGAGGGGUUUCAUUUGCUCAUAGGAAAGGAAAGAAUGCCCUUAUAGGAUCAAUCACUAGGGAAAUAUGUCACAAACAGUAGUGCUGCACUGUUUAUUUUUUUUUGAAAGGGGAUGUAUCAAUUAGCAAUGAGAUAUAAACUUUGACGUUAAUGCCAUUAAAUUUCUCUCUCUUGUUCUUUUUAA